AUCCACAGAGUGAGACUUGAAGCCGGCAGCAGGGAGCUGUAGAGGGAGAGAGCUGAGGGGCAGCUGGUGAAGGUAAAGGUGUGUGUUUGUUUAUGAAUGAGAGGGGAGACAGGGAGGGUGACGGCGUGAAGAAGACACGGAGAGGGCUGAAAGGAGGACGAAGACGCGAAUGAGAGGAAGAAGAGGAGGAAGGAAAGAAGGGAAGAGAAGAGAGGGGAUGAUGUCUGAGAGGAUCGCUUCGUGUGGGAGCCUGUAUGACAGCACCAACCUGCUGCUACAGUACUGCAACAACGAUGACACGGUGUCGGCCAGCAGCAACAUGGACAUGGAGGACCGGGUGUCCCACCUGGAGCAGAGGCUGCAGCUGCAGGAGGACGAGAUCCAGCUGCUGAAGGCCGCCCUGGCCGACGCCCUGCGCAGACUGGGAUACUGUGAGGAGCAGAGCCUGGCGGUGCAACCAGGAGGCGUUCACGCUGCAGGGAGGAGAUCUCUGGCCUCCACGGCUUCAGCUCCUCCCACUAAAGUGCGUCAGCUCCUGCAGGCUCUGCCCUCCCGACCUCUGAGUAACGGCUACGUCCAACAGAAGCGCCUCCUCUCCUCCCCGUCCUCUCCUAAGAAGGAGGUGCUGCAGUCCAUCAAGAGGAAGAGCAUGUCCACGGAGCGUCUCACCCUGGUGAGGAGAGAGAUGGGAGCGGAGAGUCGGAGCCGAACGACCUCCUCCAGCAGCUCCACUGGAGGAAAAAGCAAAUCCAAAGAAUGCACCCUCAAUGCAGAGGACGGCUACGUGAGGAUGUUUCUCAGAGGUCGCCCUGUCACCAUGCACAUCCCUGACCAGCAGAGGGAGAGCUACAGCCUUGACCAGAAGGCGGCGCUGCCAGACCGCAAGCUCAAGCUGCAGUGGGUGUACGGCUACCGUGGACGUGACUGCCGCUCCAACCUCUACCUGCUGCCCACAGGAGAGAUCGUCUACUUCAACGCCUCCGUGGUGGUUCUGUACAACACCGAGGAGCAGCAGCAGAGGCACUACCUGGGUCACAACGACGACGUCAAAUGCCUGAGUGUGCAUCCUGACAUGGUUACCAUCGCAACUGGGCAAGUGGCUGGAAACUCCAAAGAUGGAAAGCUGCUGGCUCCUCAUGUUCGUGUCUGGGACUCUGUCAGCCUCAACACGCUCCACGUGCUCGGGAUGGGAGUGUUUGACCGAGCCGUCACCUGUGUGGCUUUCUCCAAGUCGAACGGCGGCACCUUCCUCUGCGCUGUGGACGAUGCCAACGAUCACAUCCUGUCAGUCUGGAACUGGCAGAAGGAAAAACAAGUGGCUGACGUCAAGUGCUCCAACGACUCUGUGCUGGGUGCUGUGUUUCAUCCCAUGGAUGCCAACCUGAUCGUCACCUGUGGGAAAUCUCACAUCAACUUCUGGACCAUGGAGGGAAACACGCUCACCAAGAGACAGGGCCUGUUCGAGAAACAUGAGAAACCAAAGUAUGUGUUGUGCGUGGCGUUUGCUGAGAACGGAGACGCCAUCACAGGAGACUCCAGUGGAAACCUCUACGUCUGGGCCAAAGGUGGUUAUCGCAUCACUCAUCAGGUGUCCGGGGCGCACGAGGGUGGGAUCUUCUCUGUUUGCGUGCUGAAGGACGGCACCCUUGUGUCCGGAGGAGGAAAGGACCGGAAGGUGGUGCUGUGGAACCACGACUACAGAAAACAGGCAGAGAUGGAGGUGGGCGAGUCGUUCGGUCCCGUCCGAGCUCUGGCUGAAGGUAAAGCUGGAGAACUCUUUGUAGGAACCACCAAGAACGCCAUCAUCAGAGCUGCUUUCCCUGAUACCAUGACCCCUAUUGUACAGGGUCACACUGAUGAGCUCUGGGGUCUGGACAUUCAUCCCUCCAUGGAGCAGUUUGUCACCUGCUCCCAGGACAGACAGGUCCACCUCUGGGACACCAACUCCCAUCAGCCCCUCUGGAGCAAGACCAUCGAGGAUCCAGGGAGGUCUGCAGGUUUCCAUCCCAGCGGGGCCGUUCUGGCUGUGGGGACCAUGACCGGAAGGUGGUUGGUGCUGGACACUGACACUCGGGAUCUUGUUUCUAUGCACACUGAUGGAAAUGAGAUAAUUUCCAAUGUCAAGUACUCUCCAGACGGAAACUUCCUGGCCGUUGCUUCCCACGACAACUUUGUUUACAUCUACGCUGUGACCGAGAGCGGUCGGAAAUACAGCCGAGCGGGGAAAUGCACUGGUCACUCCAGCUUCGUCACUCAUCUGGACUGGUCUUCAAACAGCCAGUUCCUCGUCACCAACUCAGGAGACUACGAGAUCCUCUUCUGGGAGGCAUCCAGUGGUAAACAUGUGACCAACAUGGACACAGUGAGGAACCUGGAGUGGGCCACCUCCACCUGCACUCUGGGCUUCAACGCCUUCGGAAUUUGGCCGGACGGAGCAGACGGCACAGACAUCAAUGCCGUGUGCAGGUCACAUGACGGAUCCCUCAUGGCCUCUGCCGACGACUUUGGCAAAGUGCACUUGUUCUCCUUCCCCUGCUCUCUACCAAGGGCUCCCAGCCACGAGUACGGUGGCCACAGCAGUCACGUGACCAACGUUGCCUUCCUGCACGACGACAGUCACCUGAUCUCCACCGGUGGGAAAGACACCAGCAUCCUGCAGUGGGUGGCCGCUUAGGCGUCACCCACCAUCUCCAUCUUCAGUCCUCACAGACCGGGACCAGCCUCCUCUCUCUCCGACGACACCUCUCACUGUUAUAUCCUCCUGCCACCAGGGGGCAGUCACUCCUCUGUGCCUACAGGAAAAUAUGAAUAACACACACCAACACAACAACCCCGACCAGACCGCCCCGCAGACGUCACCCCGGAUGAGCUGAUCAUUGUAACAAAAGAAAUACUCCUUGAUGUCCUGCUGUUUGUGAUAGAAUGUAGAGAAAUGACUUGUUGCAAUGCAGGAAGUGAAUCUUAACUGUUCCCAAAAAUAUAACUACUGUAACACCGGCCCAGCUGGUGGAGACCACACAGUGAACCUGUGGCUUUAGCAUUAGUACUAACUGUGCCUGAACUAUAUUUAUCUUAACCCCCUUUAACGGGAAUCCCACCCAUUCUGAAGACGUUUCAGCUCUUAUUGUGAAAUCUUUAUGGUUUAGUUGACCUUUUUAAAUGCAGCUUACACAGUCAGUGUAAGGAGUGUGUGUAUACUUAUGAAGUAGUUCCCCUAACAUGAAUUUAACAGUCAUUUUUUCACUGUUUACCAUAAAUAUGAGAACUAUUUUGCAGACGUUUAAAGCCUCUUGUUACCCAAAUCAACAAAAAUGUCACAUUUACAUGCUAUUAUGUAUAUUUAAAAUAUUAGAACUGAACUUUAAUCCAUUUUUGAAGUAUUAUCAGUGAAGUUUUUGAUCCCGUUCUAACGCUAGGAUAAAGAAGGCAGGGUUAACUUGGAUAUUUAUUAAGACAUAAAUAUCUAACAAGUCUGACACCCAGAGCCGAGCUCCUCUGCGUGCACAUACUACACUUCAGCCUCCGCUGCUCCGAGCAUCCUAUGGUCCUAAAGCCCCGGAGACUAGGGAGUGAUGAAACUAAUAAAUUAUAUAAGUUCUGGUUCUGAAGUAUUUUGUAACUCAGCACUCAGAGACCAUUUGAAAUGAAUAAUUUUCAGAUUCUGGAGUUUUUAUGUCUUUAGAUUCAGAGUCAGACGACUCAAACAUGCAGGCUGUGAACUCUCUCUUGACCAGUCAAUCAAAGAGUUUGCAGCCACACCCUCACAGUCCUGAGAAAUGCUCUAAACUAGAAAAGAAGCUGUUUUUGAACAGAGUUUUUUUCAUAGUUAUGGAUGUUUUGUUGAAGCUUGAUUACACAUUUAAUUUUGAUAUUCUAUAUGAAUCUGAAAUAUUCCAAAGCCUUUGCGUCUGCACAAAAAAAAGAAGCCAAGACUGACAGAAAGUAAAGACACUAUAGUCAUUAAUACAAAUGUUUUCUAAUGAACUUCAAUUAAUAAAUAGAAAGCAGCUUAAUCUGCAGAAUGUUGAGCUGUGAUUUAAAGUGAACUCAAUUUGCAGUAACAGGGUUAACUCGCAUUUUCUUUGAGGAAUUCAUGUAAAGUCUGCACCCCAGGUUUCUCAGUGAACAUGCACCCUCCUCUCCUGCAGCAGUAGAGACACAACAUUAUCUCAUCACGGUGCUUUAUUCUGAUAAGUGUUUUUUUGAUUGUUGUCUCUUAAGAAAGUGAGGUGCAUGUUUAGAGGAACUGACCUGAGGCAAAGACAGAUUGUAUUAGAAUUCCUGAAAUGGGUGGAAUCCCCCUUUAAAAGUUCUUAUCAUAACCUAACUGCCUUGUUAUCUGAACCUUUCCCUCCCCCCCUAACAUGACCCCCACAUGUUUGCAGAUUGUUUAUGAGUAUUGCAGAAUGCUGUAGGAGAUUGUGACGGUACUGUCGCCCUGUGGUACUACUGCUGUAACGGCGCCGGCUCGGCACUAGAUGGCGCUGCAUUUCAAGAGAAUGAGCAUGACUGAGGCUGCCCUCCUUCUGUAGAUGCUGUUAAUGUUGCAAAGGUCUAUAGAGUUAAUAUAUGUGAUAUGCAGUAUAUCCAAGUGGCUGUGUUAUUUUAAUAUUUAACUGUAACAACGAUGGAUGUUAUUAUUCUUGUGGCACUUUUAGUGAUUGACAGAAGAGUACUGUAGGCUGCUGUGCUGUGAGCUUAAGCUUUGCCUUCUUCUGUUUUGUUAAUAAAGUUUUUACCCAAGUACUACUCA